UCUGGAGCUCCUCCCCACCAGCUGGCCCCCGGAGGGGCAGGGCGGGGAGGGGCCUGCAAGGGGAGGGGGCGGGGGUUACUGCGGCACCGCCCGGGAAGCUCGGGUGCCACAUCCUCUUGCUGCUGCCGCUGCCACCGCCUUUGCUGUUGCCUGCUGUUGCCUGCCUGCCUGCUGCUGCUGCUAUUGCUGCCAUCGCUGUUGCUGAGGGGCCCGGCGGAGCUGGGCCGGCCCGCGGCCAUGGCCCAUCAGACCGGCAUCCACGCCACCCCGGAGCUCAAGGACUUCUUUGCCAAGGCCCGCAGCGGAUCCGUCAGGCUCAUCAAAGUCGUCAUCGAGGAUGAACAGCUCGUGCUGGGUGCCUUCAGGGAGCCAGCCCAGGGAUGGGAACAAGACUACGAUGCUGCUGUCCUGCCUCUUCUCGAUGAGGGCCAGCCCUGCUACAUCCUGUACCGACUAGACUCCCACAAUGCCCAGGGUUUCCAGUGGAUUUUCAUUGCCUGGUCCCCUGACAGCUCUCCGGUCCGGCUAAAGAUGCUUUAUGCAGCCACAAGAGCAACAGUGAAGAAAGAAUUUGGUGGAGGCCAUAUCAAGGAUGAACUCUUUGGAACGGUGAAGGACGACCUCUCCUUCAGCGGCUACCAGAAGCACGUGUCGUCCUGCGCGGCCCCCGCGCCGCUGACCAUGGCCGAGAGGGAGCUCCAGCAGAUCCGGAUCAAUGAGGUGAAAACGGAGAUCAGUGUGGAGAGUAAGCACCAGACCCUGCAAGGCCUCGCCUUCCCCCUCCAGCCGGAGGCCCAACAGGCCAUUUCGCUGCUAAAACAGAAGAAAGUCAACUAUGUCCAGCUGAAACUGGACCUGGAACGGGAAACGAUUGAGCUGGUACACACGAACCCCACGGAGGUGGCGGAUCUGCCCAAGAGAGUGCCCCAGGACUCUGCCCGCUAUCACUUCUUCCUCUACAAACAUUCUCACGAGGGCGACUACCUGGAGUCUGUGGUGUUCAUCUACUCUAUGCCCGGAUACAAGUGUAGCAUCAAGGAACGGAUGCUCUACUCCAGCUGUAAGAGUCGCCUCUUGGACUCUGUGGAACAGGAUUUCCAGCUGGAGAUCACCAAGAAGAUGGAGAUUGAUGAUGGGGCGGAGCUGACGGCCGAGUUCCUGUAUGAUGAAGUCCAUCCCAAACAACAUGCCUUCAAGCAGGCCUUUGCCAAGCCCAAGGGCCCGGUGGGCAAAAGAGGCCAGAAGCGGCUCAUCCGGGGCCCUGGAGAGAACGGGGACGAAAGCUAGGCGAGGGCCCGGCCCUCCUGUCCCGUCUUCGGCCGCAAGCUGAGCCUGAGGGGGCCGAGAACUGUUCGGUGUCCUGAAUUGCAGUGAGCUGGGCUUAGCCCCCUCUUCACCUCUGGCCCCUGGAGAGAGCCCUCCGCCUCCCCCAGGAGUUACUGUGUGUUUGUUCUCUCUCUUUCUCCCCUCCUUCUCCCUCUUCCUGCCUCCUUCACUCUCUCAGGGCGUCAGCCUAGACGUGUGAGUUCCUGUCGGCCCUCGCUUCACUUUCCUCCCCCAGAGUUAGCCCGUCCACCGUCCACCUUUCCCUCCCACACCCGCCACUCUAUCCCUGCGGCCUCAGGCCUUCUCCCCCUGAGCUCUGCCUGUUGAAUUGAGUUGAGCACCAUUUCGGAGUCCUUCGGGCCCAUCUUCCCCAUUUUUGUGAGCCCGCUUCCCCCUGCUGUCCCCUCACACUCACCAUCCCCAGCGUUGUCCCUCUCUUGUCCGGUUCUGGGGGGCUGGGCAGGCUUUUUUUUUGAGGUGGGGGCAGCCUAUCUGGAGGGCCCUCCGAGUUUUAAGGAGAUGGGCAGAGGCUGGGACGUGGGAAUGGGCUGCAUUGGGGGGAGUAGGAGGGAACUUUAGCUGGGACCUGAACCUGCCUCUACCCUCUCAGUCCCCCCAGGAUGGCACGGAAAUUCUGGAUGUGAUGGUGGAAGCUCAUCCCCUGAAGGCUCAGGGGCCUCGAGAGGGGAGAAGGGAUGGGGGGAACUGAGGGAGUGCAGGACUUCCUGUACUGAAUGCUGUAUUUUCUAAGGAAUAUUAAAGUAUUUUUAAAUCAA